UAAGAGUUAUUCCCCUUAAAGGAAAUACGUGCGCAUGCGUAUUUACUCCUCUUCCAUUGCCGGCGAACAGGGAACGGAGAUCUGAAAAAAUGGGCGAUAUUAAAGUAGGAAUCAAUGGGUUCGGCCGUAUUGGUCGUUUGGUAUUUAGAGCAGCCGUGGAGAAGGGAGGUGUAACUGUUGUGUCCAUCAACGAUCCCUUCAUUAGUCUUGAAUACAUGGUGUACAUGUUCAAGUAUGACUCCACUCAUGGCAGGUUCAAGGGUGAGGUAAAAGCAGAGGGUGGAAAACUGGUUGUAGAUGGAAAAGCUAUCACUGUACACAGUGCGAUGAAGGCAGAAGAGAUUCCAUGGGGAGCUGAUGGAGCUGAGUAUGUUGUAGAAUCAACUGGAGUGUUUACAACUUUGGAUAAAGCUAAUGCUCAUUUGAAAGGCGGAGCAAAGAAGGUAAUUAUCUCUGCCCCCUCUGCCGAUGCCCCGAUGUAUGUGAUGGGUGUAAAUGAGGAAAAAUAUGACAAAACAAAUACCAUUGUCAGCAACGCAUCCUGCACCACAAACUGUCUGGCUCCUCUGGCUAAAGUGAUCAAUGACAAGUUUGGUAUUGUUGAGGGUCUGAUGACCACUGUGCAUGCUUACACUGCCACACAGAAAGUUGUGGAUGGACCUAGCAUGAAGGACUGGCGUGGAGGCAGGACAGCUGCACAGAACGUAAUUCCAUCUUCCACUGGUGCUGCUAAAGCUGUCGGAAAAGUUAUCCCUGAACUCAACGGCAAGUUGACUGGUAUGGCAUUCCGUGUACCUGUACCGGAUGUGUCUGUUGUGGAUCUGACAUGUCGACUCAAAAAUGGGGCUAGUUAUGAUGCUAUCAAGGCUGCUGUAAAGGAAGCCAGUGAAGGACCAUUAAAGGGCAUUCUAGGAUAUACUGAGGAGGAUGUUGUAUCUUCUGAUUUCAUUGGUGAUACACAUAGCAGCAUCUUUGACGCCAAGGCCGGCAUCUCUCUUAACGACAACUUUGUUAAACUUGUAUCAUGGUAUGACAAUGAGUAUGGUUACAGUUGCCGUGUAGUGGAUCUGAUCAAACACAUGAACGGAGUAGAUAAAAAGUAGAUAAAUCUUAAACAAGGUCAACAUGAUAGAUUUCUACACAAUAUCUAGCUAGCACCAGAAUGUGCACUAGGAAUAGACUUUGACCAUUGCAUUGUAUUCUAUCAUUAAAAGUUACGACAGAAAUUUGCAUUUAAAUUUUUAAAUCGAAGCAUAAUAAUCGAUCAGAGAUUUUUUGUUAGUGAUAAAUGAAAAUUUUAUGAACAACUUCUGUUUUUAGUUUUAAGAAUGAUUCAAUUUUUCAAAAGUAGUUACAUUGGAAAGUUAAAUCAGUUUGAAUCUUAGUAUGUUUUUAUUUUCAGUUUUUCAUACACCUUCGUUGUUGUGUAUUGGUAUUAUUUAACUACUCAUUUUAUGUGUAUUAUAUUAUGUAUGUUUUAGAAGCUUCAUCCAAGGGUUGAAAAUGUUUUUGCUGUUUAGGCAGUAUAGCAUUUAUACACUUGAUGUUCUUCUUCCCAAGCCAGGUUAUAGUGCUAAAAAUAACCAUUUUAGGUUACUGUCUGUUGUAUCGGUAAAGAGGCAGUGUUAUUGAAUAUAUACAUCCAAAUCUUGCCGUUACAUAGACACUGUAUGUUGUGUUAAGUCUUCUAUGUAUUGAUGACCAAUUUCUUUGUGAUGCUUAAUUUUGAUACAACUGCCGAGCGAUACAAUAAUCACAGACUCGGUAAUACCCUAUAUGUCAGCAAUGACUCCGCAUAAUGAGAAACGAACUUUAGUACAGCACAAAACAGUUUUUUGAUUGCUGUUUUAUAAAAAUAAAAACAAUCUUGUGGUGUUAGUACCUAGUACACAGGCGUCGAUUCAUUCAUCAUAGUCAAAUAUUUUAAAAAUUGAGCUUUAAAAAGAAUUUUGUCGUCAGUGGUAUAAAUGCUGGUAUAACUGUGUUGUUCACAGUCUUGUUGCUGACUGAGAACUUGAUGAUGUUAAACACUCUUAAGUGAAUGUGUAUGACAGGUGUAAUGUCUAUAGGUUUCAUCAGUAAAUAAACAAAAGCUAGAA